CGCGGCGCCGGAAGUGAGUGAGCAUUUCCGGCGGCCGUCCCCGCGGGUACCGUCUCCGUCGUGCGAGCGGCCCCGGCCUUCCUGCCGUCAUGAAGGACGUUCCUGGUUUCUUGCAGCAGAGCCAGAGCUCCGGCCCCGGCCAGGCUGCCGUGUGGCACCGUCUGGAGGAGCUCUACACGAAGAAGUUGUGGCAUCAGCUGACGCUCCAGGUGCUUGACUUUGUGCAGGACCCAUGCUUUGCCCAAGGAGAUGGCCUCAUUAAGAAUGAAAGACAUCCUGUACUUACGCUACAUGUUCUGGUUCCGCAGCUCUAUGAAAACUUCAUCAGUGAGUUUGAACACAGGGUGAAUCCUUUGUCCCUGGUAGAAAUCAUUCUUCACGUAGUCAGACAGAUGACUGAUCCCAAUGUGGCUCUUACUUUUCUGGAAAAGACUCGAGAAAAGGUGAAGAGCAGCGAUGAGGCAGUGAUCCUGUGUAAAACUGCGAUUGGGGCUCUAAAAUUAAACAUCGGGGACCUACAGGUCACGAAGGAAACAAUUGAGGAUGUGGAAGAGAUGCUCAACAGCCUCCCUGGUGUGACGUCCGUUCACAGCCGUUUCUACGACCUCUCCAGUAAAUACUACCAAACAGUCGGAAACCACGCAGCCUACUACAAAGAUGCCCUGCGGUUUCUGGGCUGUGUCGACAUCAAGGAUCUGCCAGGUAACGUGGAGCCGUGGAAGUCGCUGUCGAAGGAGCAUGCUCUGGAGGCGUGCCAGCAGCUGUCAGAAGUUGCUCUGGCGUGUGCGUCCCUCGCUGAGGAAGGCCCAGUGUCUGAGCAGCAGGAGAGAGCUUUCACGCUGGGACUAGCAGGACUUCUUGGCGAGGGAGUUUUUAACUUUGGAGAACUUCUCAUGCACCCCGUGCUGGAGUCCCUGAGGACCACCGACCGGCAGUGGCUGAUCGACACCCUUUAUGCCUUUAACAGCGGCAAUGUAGAGAGGUUCCAGACGCUGAAGACCGCCUGGGGCCAGCAGCCUGAUUUAGCAGCCAACGAGGCUCAGCUUCUGAGGAAGAUCCAGUUGCUGUGCCUCAUGGAGAUGACUUUCACACGACCUGCCAAUCACAGACAACUCACUUUUGAAGAAAUUGCCAAAAGUGCUAAAAUCACUGUGAACGAGGUGGAGUUGCUGGUGAUGAAGGCGCUCUCGGUGGGCCUGGUGAAAGGCAGCAUUGACGAGGUGGAUAAGCGGGUUCACAUGACCUGGGUGCAGCCCCGCGUGUUGGAUCUGCAGCAGAUCAAGGGGAUGAAGGACCGCCUGGAGUUCUGGUGCACGGACGUGAGGAGCAUGGAGAUGCUGGUGGAGCACCAGGCCCACGACAUCCUCACUUAGUCCCCCGCCUCCCCGUCUGUGGCCACCAGGAACAUCUGCACUCGGUGGGGGUGGGGACUGUUCUCCUUGCUGUGAAUGCAAGACUGUGGCUGACAGGGUGCCUGGCCACAGAGAGAAGCCUCCUUUGUAGGUGUCUCCCGUAGCCCACGGUGGGGAGGGGUCACGGGUCUCCGGUGAUAAGGCAGACAAGAGUGUACAUGUGCCCCGAGGAAUGAGAAGGAGUAGCCCGAAAGCGCGUGGGGACACCACUUGGAGGCUCAUCUCCAUUACCUCCAUCGGUGGGAACACCUCUUGUGUCAUGUGAGAAUGUAAUAAACGCCUUUGUUUUGUC